AUGGCUGAAGUAUCAUUUGCUUCCACCUUCCUCACGACGCUCGAUGCGCGACCGAUCAAGCUACCGGCCGACUAUGUCGAGGAUGCGAGGAAGUAUCCAGGGCGCCAGCCCUACAUCCUCCCCCGGAUGCCCAAGCCCAUGAGCAAGCCCACAACCCUCGCCCCCGGCCAGGAGCGCAGCGUCAAGGUCUCCCUCAAGUCGCCCCGCAACCCCCCGCUCGACAUCAAGCUCACCUCCCAGCCCCUCGACACGUCCAUCCUCGACCUCAAGAGCCAGGUCCACGCCCAGACGAGGGCCCCCGUCGAGAAGCUCAAGAUCCUCCACAACAAGAAGCCCGUGCCGGACAGCAAGGUGCUCAAGGAGCUGCUCGGGGACGCGGACACGUCGGUGGAGUUCACGCUCAUGGUGAUGGGCGGCGCGGCUGCCAUCCCGCCCGAGGAGAGCAGCAGGCCCCUGGUGGUGGCGCCCACCGGCGCGGAUGCGCUGGAGACGAGCCUUUUCUGGGCGGAUUUAAAGGGGUUCCUAUCACAACGCCUCAAGGACGACGCAGAGGCCGAGAAGCUGUCUACGUUGUUCAAGUCGAGCUGGGAAAGCAGCAAAGCUGAGCCAUAG